ACAGGUAUUCCUGUGAAAGUGACAGUAGAAAGCACUUCUACAUCUGAAACCGAAGACACAGAAGAUUUAGAUGAUGUUAUCCAUCACCCUGAUUUGGCAAAAUCAUUAGAUAAGAUUAACGUAACAAAGUAUCAACAAUUACAGUUGGAGCUGGAGGAAUGCAUGGAAAAAUUAAAGGAAGAACAAAGAGCCAGAGUAAAGGCUGAGGAACGGAUAAUGGAGCUGGAAACUGAAAAUGCAAGAUUAAGGAAUCUAAAUAUCUCCCUGUCUGAGGUUCUUCACGCACAGUCAGUAACCAACAUGAUAUUGGAAGAUGAAGGUGUUCUAGGCAGCAUUGAGAACUCUUUCCAAAAGUUCCAUGCUUUUUUAGACCUCCUUAAAGAUGCUGGACUUGGACAACUUGCUGUAUUAGCUGGUAUAGACCAGUCAGAUUUUGGUCUUUUGGGGCAUCCACAAAUGAAUUCUACUCUCAGUAAGCCUGCUAACAUGCUAAAGGAGAAGUCUUUUGAAGAAGAAAGACAAGAACAUACCCAGAAUAGCAAAAACAGAGCUGGGGACAUCCAAGUUUCGCUUCCUGGCACGUUUCAAUCCCAGAUGGUUGUGAAUAAUGCCUUCUCUGCUCUUCGAGAAAUACAAGAACUUCAGACUACUGGGCAGCAGUACCAGCCAGGCUCAUGGAAGGAAAAUGAAGCUCAAACAAUAAACCAAAAUAAAGAGGAUAAGCCUCGAAAUAGUACUCCAACGUUCUCCGAGAGAAGAGUCAAACAAAAUGAACAUGCAAAAGGACAUCACUCAGCCAGGCAAUUGGUUACCAGUCUGCAUUCAUUUUCUGAUUCCAGUGUACAUAUUAAAAGUAAUGGUAGCAGAAUAUCCAGUGGCGCUUCUGAUGAAAAAAGCAAAAAUUGUUCCUCAAAGAAAUACAUCCCUAGAGCAAAUGAAACAGCAAUUCCAAAUGAUGGAGCUAGAGGAGACCAAAGUAGACUGCAGACAGUAAACCGCUCUGGAACUGAUACUGUAGGAUCUGGCUCUGAAAUGCAAGAAAGUAUCCAAAGUGUUACCAGCAUUUGA